CAUGGUGGAGCGCCGCUAGCUAACUGCUUACAAAAAUGCCUGGCAAGAAAGACCCCAAGAAGGACGACAAAAAGAAGGGCGGCAAGGCCGAGCCGGAGAAAAACAAAGAGGAAGAAAAGAAAGGGAAAGAUGUCAAGAAAGGAGGAAAGGAGGACAAGAAAGCCGCCAAGGAGGACAAGAAAGCAAUGAAAGAGGACAAGAAGGGAGGGAAGAGUGACAAAAAAGGAGGUAAGGAUGACAAGAAAGGGAAAGACAAGAAAGGAAAGGAGGAGAAGAAAGGAGGGAAAGACAAAGGGAAGGGAAAGAAAGUGGAAUCAGAAGAGGAGGAGGAGGAGGAGGAAGAGGAGGAGGAAGAGCUCCUGGAUGAUGAAGAGGAAGAGGAUGAUGAGGAGUUGAGUGAAGAAGAGGAGGAGGAUGACAGGCGGGGCCGGGGGCGUGGAGGACGUAGGACUGCGCCAACAGGAAGGCGAAGGAGAGGUGGCCAAGACUCAGAAGAAGACGAGGAGGAUGAAGAUGACGAGGAGGACGAGGAACCCAAAAAGAUAUCCAAGGAGGGCCACCACCACCGCCAUAAAGAUGGGAGGUCCGAUGCCGAUCCAAAGAAGAAAGGCAAGAAGAGCGAGGAGGCCGCUCCCGUUCCCGUUCGGGAAAUCCCGAAAAAAGGUCUCAAGAACAUGUCCCGGAUGUUCAUGAAGUUUUCAGGCUUCAAGCGGCGGCGAAACAGCCGGAAGAAGCUCAAGAGCACCUCGCGCCUGUUCCUCGGCCUGGGCAAGAGACGCAACCGACUGGCCAAGAAGAAGCGCCGCAAGUCAAUGCUGAAAAACACCUCUCGCUUCAUGAUGAGGUUCAAAGCCAGCAAGAAGAGAAAGAAGGAGGCCAAGGAGAAGGCAGCAGGCGAUGGAAAGAAGCCCACCUACAUGCUGCUGCGCCUGGGUGGAGGGGGCAACUCGUCUCAGAAGAGCGGCUUCUUCAAGGGCUUGUUUGGCAAGAAGAAGGCUGGCUCCACCGGAGGAUUGAAGGGUCGGAGUACGGUGCUAGGUCGGGUUGCCGCGGCAGCCAGAUGGCUAAACGACCGUUUCGUGUUCAACAAGAUGCGAAGGCAAGCGGAGGAGGAGCAUUACUUGGAGGGACACGGCCGACGACGACAUCUCCGCGGCUACCGCAACCACGGCUACGAGCAGUGGGAAGACCCCCACGGGUACGACCAAAAUGGUCACGGACAUCCGGAUUAUGGCUAUGACGGUUACGGUGACGAGAUAGCGUUUGGGGACCAAGAUCCCUACGAAGCAGGGGCAGACUACCAGGACUUGGGGUACUACGAAGAUGAGGGCAUCUACGACCCCGGUGCGGAAUAUUAUGCGCAAGGUCUUUAUGAUGAGGACACAGGGGUCUACUAUGACCCCCAUCUGGUUGCCCAAGGGUACUACAGCAACCAGGAAGCAGCGGUAUAUGGCUACCAGCAACAACAAGCCAUGCCCAUGUACAACGAAGUUGGUUUAGACUACUAUGCGCCAAUGGGUGAAGAUCCAGUGUACGGACUUCAUCAGGCUCAGGUAUAUUACGAUGAAAAUGGACCAGCUGAUUAUUAUGACAGCAGGCAAGCAUAUUACAAUAACGUCCAUGCGGCAGCUUUGGGAAUGCACGGGGAAGUUCUACCAAACUAUCAUGAUGUUGUGGGUGUGCCCUACCAAGACUUCAACCCUCAGCAGAUGGUUGGUUUUCCACAAGGGGGCCAACAGGUCUCUGGGGGGCAAAUAAUAGACAUACAGGGUCACUAUGGGGAGCAGUACGUAGAUGAGCUGGAUCAGUAUGGGGUUGAAACUGGGGGGCUUCAGGGGGGCGAGACAUUCAGAGUUCCCAGACCUCAAGUGCGCCUUUUUGGAAAAGAACGGCUCGAGGUACCACUUCCACCUCCACCCAAUCUUCCGCCUGAUCCAGAAUUUGAAGAUAUGUCCGAUAUCCAGUACGAAGACCAGAUACCUCUCGCACCGGGACAUUUAACUGACAUGAUGUUACAGCAGCAAAUGAUGUCCCCGCAAGAACAAAUGAUUAUGUCCUCUCAGCGGCUAAUGCCAGCGAUGUCACCGCAGCAGCAAAUGUUAGCGGAGCAAAGUAUGGUACCCCAAUUUCUCCCACACCAAGUCAUGUCCCCACAACACAUGUUAACCCCACAGCAAGGGAUGUUGCCGCAACAAGGGAUGUCGCAUCCGAUGAUUAUUUCCCAAUCAGUGAUGACACCAGAGGAGCAAAUAGCCAUGUCACAGCAAUCAGCGAUGUCCUCACAAAUGAUGAUUCCCCAAUCAAUGAUGUCAUCAGAUGAGCAGCUGACGUCGCAGCAGCCGAUGAUGUCGUCACAAAUGAUGAGUUCCCAUGCAAUGAUGUCACCGGAAGAACAGAUGAUGUUGCAACAGAUGACAUCACCCCAUCCCCAGAUGGUACCCCAGCAGGGUUAUGGCCUUCCAUCAGUUCCCACGCCAACUGCCAUGAUUAUCAAGCAAGCAAGUAUGUCCCCACUUCCUGCCCGCCGCAUGCCACAGUCUCCCAGUCCAUCCCGACGCUCGGUUGUGAUCCCUCCACCUCAGGUACCACAUCACCCCAAUCCUAUGGUAGCCUCACCGAUCUUGCCACCAAGACAAAUCCCCUCCCCACAUCCAGCCAUGAGGAAUAGUAUAAAUGCCCAAAGACCCCCCUCUGUCAUUUCACAACGAAUCUCGCAUCCGCCCUCUCCCGUGGCCUCCUCCCUGGCUCAUCCCAGAAUGCAACCUCAGUCCCACUUGGCUCGGGUACCCUCACCGUCUUUUUCCCCUCACGCUUCCUUCAUUCAGCGAAGUCCUCCACCGUCACCGAGGACCUCAAUGAUACAGCAUUCUCCUCCCGCUUCCCCACGUGCAUCAAUAAGGAUGCGAAGUCCACCCGCAUCACCUGCUCCUGCCGGUAGUCCGUUUGGAGGGAGGAGGUUGACAGGACAAUCAUCUCCAGAUCCUAUAUCUCCCGUCCUCUCUCCUCAACAUAGCAGAAGACAAUCUCCUAUUCAAUCUCAUAGAGGUUUAUCCCACGAAGCGCCUCGAUCGGCGUCCCCGACUCUCUCCCGUCGCUCGACUCGGCUACUGAGGGAUCCCACACCACUAACCAGACGCAAGAUGGGUGGAAAUGUUCCCUUGGGAACUGUCAGACCUUCACCUAUGGGUCUUAGAGGGCGUCCAGUACCCCCGCCCACCCAGAAUGUGCGUCCAUUCCAUGCCGGCUCUAUAAGAAGCAAUAGAUCAUCUGUACUCACUAUAGACUCUUCUCAUCAGUCUUCUCCUUUUCAGUCACCUCACAUGAUACACCGUGCGCCCCUUGUGAGGCGGGAGUCUGGGCGUUUUCCGCCGCGUCCUGUAGCCCGGGGGCGUCCACUUGUCGCCCAAACGACCUUGAGGAGGAUAGCUUCACCCUCACCGAAGCACAUUUCGCAUCCCGCAUCUCCACGUGGCUCUCCUCGACACUCUCGCAUGUCCAGUCCCCUCUUGCCUGCCCACGGCGUCCAGCCACCGGACCUGUACACCUCGACCUACGUGGAUCCUUUCACCGAUCCAGUCGCUACCCCUGCUUCGCCAAUGCUGUCUCGUGCCUAUCAAAAUCAAGCCAUUCGCCAGGCUUCUUUCUCUUCCCCUUUUGGCCCCCGAGCCGACAUGGACAGAAUGUCAGCCCAAUACGCUGAACCAAAUCUUCUUUCAUCCCCUUUGCUCUCUGCUGCAAUGCAAAACCAGGCACUUCGAGAUGCCUCCUACCUUUCCCCAUUGGCUCCCCGCGGGUCACCAGCGAUCCCUUCUUCUCCGCUUUUGUCCGGAGCGCUGCAGAAUCAAGCGGUGAGAGACGCGUCCUACAUUUCUCCUUUGCAGAGGCCACUAUCUCCUUACGAGCAGCCUAUUGCCCCCUCGUCCCCAAUGGUGUCCAGAGCCCUGCAAAACCAGGUACUAAGAGACGCAUCUUAUGCCUCUCCUCUGCAAAGGCCACUAUCUCCUUAUGAGCAGCCCAUGGCCCCUUCCUCCCCUAUAGUUUCUACAGCGCUACAAAACCAGGCACUGAGAGAGGCAUCCUAUGCUUCACCUCUACCAAGACCGUUAUCUCCCUAUGAACAGCCUAUGGCCCCUUCCUCCCCAUUGGUUUCCAGAGCGCUGCAAAACCAGGCUCUCAGAGAUGCUUCCUAUGCUUCUCCCCUUCAAAGGCCACAGUCGCCCUACGCAGCCCCGUCUGGGCAUUCGUCUCCACUGCUUUCUGGAGCUAUGAGAUAUGGUCAAGCACUCAGUGGUGUGGCUUCCUAUCCCACGCCGCAUCUCCACUCGCCAUACGGACAGACGUAUGUUACCGGGUACGAUUACAUAUCCGAGCCUGGCCCGGCACCGCUGCUGUAUGACGCUUUACAGAACCGUGGCGACUUCCAGAGCGUUACGUCUUUAAGAUCCCCGAUGAUGCAACGCCAUAACCCUUACGCUCCCGUCAGCCCCGAGCUUCACAGCGCGCUGCAGCAAAACCCAAACCUCCGCCAAGUAACCUAUCAGACUCCUUUGCAACUCAGAUCCCCCUACAAACCUCCACCACCUUCUUCACCAAUGCUGGCAAGUGCCAUACACAAUCCCCAGUUAAUGGGGGCAUCGUACAGGCUGGCAGACGGAACCUUAUUGUCACCCUAUGCGGAACCACGUUCCUCACCGCAGCUCGGUCAAGCCUUGCAAAACCAGCAAAUCCGGGGAGCUUCGUACAUUUUGCCUGAUGGAUCAGUUAUCAGGGACCCGCGAAUUCCCCUGAAACCCAUGUCCCCUAACCUUGCCAGGGCGCUUCAGAACCAGGAUCUCAGGACAGCUUCAUACACUCUACCCGAUGGCACAAUUAUAGACCCUAAAAACCAAGCACCUGUUUCACCAGACCUCGCUAAGGCCCUAAAGAACCCCGCCUUACGUGAAGCUUCCUACUCACUGCCUGACGGUACUAUCGUCAUUGACCCGAAAAAACCAAAAUCCCCCAACCUCGCGGCAGCACUUCAGAACCCUUACCUGAAAUCGGCAUCUUACACACUGCCCGACGGUACCAUCGUCAUCGACCCGCGGAAACCCGUCUCUCCGAGUCUCGCCAACGCCCUUCAGAACCCUACCCUCAAGAAUGCUUCCUUUAACCUCCCAGAGGGAGUUCGAGACCCCAAUAAACCCAUCCCGCCAGACUUGUUAAAGGCUCUUAAUAACCCAGCUUUGAAGGGGGCGACCUUAACCCUCCCCGAUGGAACCAUGAUUGUUGACCCAAGAAAACCAAAGAGCCCAAACCUGACCGCUGCCCUUCAAAACCCUCACCUCAAGGGUGUAUCGUACAUCCUGCCUGACGGAACCAUCAUCAUCGACCCGCGCAAGCCGCUCACUCCCGACCUGUCAAAAGCUCUUGCCAAUCAAAACCUUCGGAAUGCUUCGUAUCAACUCCCUGAUGGUUCCCUGGUCAUCCCUGGUCAGCAGCCAAACCUCACCGCUGCUCUGAGGAAGAACAUGGCCCUUCGUUCUUCCGAUCUCUUUCAUCUCCCUCAAAACUCAGUGUUCACUGGAGCACCGAAACCCGACAGUCCAAACCUCUCUUCCGCCCUGAAGAGCGACGAACUGCGUGGCAUCCGUUACAGGUUGCCGGACGGCUCCAUCCUGACGAGACGCUUCCACAAUCCCAACCUGGCCAAUGCCAUUCAAAACCAGCAGCUUCGCUACGCUUCGUACAGGCCCCCACCGGCGCUAUACGGCACGGAUAAUCGUUACGCUGCAGUCCCACCCUAUGGGCCGCACUCAGGCCACUGGGCCCGGAAUGCCAGAGGCGGCGGUGAAACAGGGGAGGACGUGUGGGCUGCUGAAAGAGUUUUACCUCACGGCACGGUCCAGCAUCUGGCCAAGUGGUCCAUGUAUAGAGAGACCGGUGUGUUGGACAGCUAUUUACCCACGGCCAACGUCGAGAACGAACAGCUUCAGGAUCCAGACUGGACUCCUGUCCGAGAGAGGGAUCCUGGGCAGAGCUGGUAUGACAAGAUCUACUCUAUCUUAAGCAUGCCAACGACCGGCCACAGGGUCAAGCGCUGGGCUGAGGGCAUGGAGGACUUGACGCAGAUGCCCGAACUGAAUGAGACCACCGUCCUGAUGAACCUGAAGAAACGCUACGACCAGGAGCUCAUUUAUACGUACAUCGGCAGCAUCCUGGUCUCCGUCAACCCCUACAAGUUGCUCAACAUUUACGGCACAGACAUGGUACUGCAAUACGAAGGCCACGGCCUGAGCGACAACCCUCCUCAUAUUUUUGCCAUUGCUAAUCUCGCCUACACCAACAUGAUGGAUGCCAAAGACGACCAGUGUAUCGUGAUCAGUGGAGAAAGCGGCUCUGGGAAGACGGAAGCCACUAAACUGAUCCUGCGUUACUUGACAGCCAUACAUCACAAGCGCAACGUGGCGCAACAGAUCCAGAUUUUGGAAGCCACGCCCCUUUUGGAGUCCUUUGGCAACGCCAAAACGGUGCGCAACGACAACUCGUCACGCUUUGGCAAAUUCACCCAGCUCUGCAUGGAGGAGGGCCUAAUCAGCGGUGCCAUAACAUCUCAGUACCUGUUGGAGAAGUCUCGCAUUGUCUUUCAGGCCAAAUCGGAGCGAAACUACCACAUCUUCUACGAGAUGCUGGCAGGGCUUCCUUCGCACGAGAAACGCUCACUGUAUCUGCAAGAUGCCGAGACCUACUAUUAUCUCAACCAGGGAGGCGACUGCAAAAUCGCAGGCAAGGACGACGGGGAGGACUUCCGCCGCCUGCUAAGCUCCAUGGACAUCCUGCGCUUCAGUGCUGAGGAGCAAAAGGACAUGUACCGCCUCCUCUCCUCCAUCCUCCACCUCGGCAACGUCUACUUCCAGUCGCAGCAGGUUGACGGCGGUCAAGAGGCGGCGGCGGCGGUGGUGGUGAGCACUCAGGAGAUACGAGUGGUCGCCGAGCUGCUGCAGGUGUCGCCUGAAGGCCUGCAGAAGUGUGUCACCAUCAAAGUCAUGGACACAGCGAGGGAAAAAAUAUCCACACCGCUCACAGUGGAAAGUGCCGUGGAUGCCAGAGACGCCGUUGCCAAGAUCCUCUACGCGCUGCUCUUCAACUGGCUGACGGAGCGUAUCAACGGACGGGUGUACCCUCGCAACGAGGCGCUCUCCAUCUCCAUCCUGGACAUUUAUGGAUUCGAGGAUCUCCAGGUGAACAGUUUUGAGCAGCUGUGCAUCAACUACGCCAACGAAACUUUGCAGUUCUUCUUUAACAAAGUCACCAUCCAGCAGGAGCAGGAGGAGUACAUGCGUGAGCAGAUCGAGUGGCGGCACCAGCCCUUCGGCCAAGACCGAGCCUGCCUGGACCUGAUCGCGGCAAAGCCUCACGGGAUACUUCGCGUACUUGACGACCAGUGCGGCUUCCCUCAGGCCACAGACCACACCUUCCUGCAGAAGUGCCACUAUCACCACGGCAACGACCCCCUGUAUGCCAAGCCCAAGAUGCCGUUGCCCGAGUUCACCCUCAAGCACUACGCUGGCAAAGUCACCUACCAGGUGACCAAGUUUCUGGACAAGAACUUUGACACGGUGCGCCAAGAUGUCCUGGACCUUUUCAUCCGCAGCAAAAACGGAAUGGUGUCCGAGCUCUUCCUGAAGCAUUCCGAGGAAACGUGGCAGAAUCGCUCCAACGCUCGGCGCAGCAGCGCCGCUCGCCGCUUCCAGCCCGGCACGGUCGGCGCCAAGUUCCAGAGCAGCUUGCAGGAGCUGCUGGAGAAGAUGGAGAGGUGUCGCCCGUAUUUUGUGCGUUGCAUCAAACCAAACCAGCGGAAGGAAGCGGCAACGUUUGACUUGGAGCUGGUGAGCGCGCAGCUGCGCUACUCAGGAAUCAUGGACACCGUCCGCAUACGCAAGGAGGGCUAUCCCGUCAGAUGGACUUUUCACAGCUUCCUAAGCAGGUACAAAGCGCUGCUCUGCUUGAAAGACGCGCCUACGCCCGACGGAGAAAACUGCGUCAUCAUGCUGAGGAAACUGGGACCCGUCAAGGUCGGCUCCUACCAGCUGGGAGUCACCAAGAUCUUCCUGAAGGAGGAUCUCCACCGGCUGCUGGAGGGCAAGCGCGAGCGCGUGCGCAACAUCGCCGCCCUCACGCUGCAGAGAUACGUGCGCAUGUACUUGAUCCGCAAGAACUUUGUGGAGUUCCGCCGCUGCAUGACGCUGCUGCAGGCCCGAUGCAAAGGCUACGUCGUCAGAAAGAAGUUUAGUCGCAGGAGGAAAUGUCUCGUCAAGUUUCGCGCCACGAUGCGAAUCGUCGUCAAUCGGCAGCGCUACUUGAGGACGGUGGUGGAGCCAGCGAGGAAGGCUGAGGAGGACCGCCUCAACCGAGAAGUGGUAAACGUGACGGUGCUGCCCAUCCCCGUUGAGUUGGCGGCGCUGCUUCAGGUGGCUUCAGGUGGCACCGAGCUGCACUCAGACUGCCUGGCGUUGGUCCAGGCUCCCAAAGUUCAGGUUGAACCCCAGCUGACCUUGCCCCUGGACAUCAACAACUACCUCAUGACUCAUUACGUCCGCGCCAUAUUUAGGGAGCCAUCCUUUGGGAUGCUGACGGCCCCUUUGGACAACUCCCUGACCCGACUGGAUCAGAACUUGAAGAAAGGAGCCCUCAAUAUCUUUCUUCUGAUUCUACGUUUCAUGGGCGACCCGGAGCUGAACGGAGCUCAGGAGAACCUCUUUGGGAAUUACAUCAUCCAGAGAGGGCUCGCCAACGCCGAGCUCCGGGACGAGAUCUUUGCUCAAGUGGCCAAUCAGGUUUGGAGGAAUCCCAACGUGCUGAAUUGCGAGCGCGGUUGGCUCCUCAUGUCCUCGUGUCUGUCCGCUUUCCCGCCUUCUCCCAGGCUGGCCAAGCACCUGCUCAAGUUUGUGUCGGACUACGGGCUGGAGGGCUACGACUCGGUGUGUCAGCACGCUCUGCUGCAGGCCAUGCACGGCGGGGACGGCUACCCGCGCACCUACCCGCCCUGUCUGCUGGAGUGGACGGCCAACCGCAAGAGGGCGCACACCCUCCUCCACGUGCACUGCUUGGAUGGCGUGUCCGUCCUGUGUCCGGUGCACUCUUGGACCACAGGCGAGAACAUGGCCAAAGACAUCUUGCAACACAGGGGCGUGACGGAAGGCCGUCAGGGCUGGUCCGUGCUACUCAAGGAGCCGGCGCAACGGGUGGAGCUGGAGGGCUCAGACUACGUCCUGGACCUGAUGUCCGACCUGGAGUUGCCUGCCCGGUUCCCCAAGCACAGCAGCUACUUUAUCAUCUCCGCUCAGGAACCGGGACGCGUGCGGGCCAAUGCUAGCAUAAGUCUGCUGGGUGGCGGCUUUGACACCAAUGACGGAUUCAUGCCGUCGGCCAUCAUUGGCCAGGACCUGGAGCUUCAUCCAGGAAUGGAUCACUUCCUGGAUAGCCUGUUUGACCCGGUGCUGUCCGACGGGAGCGCAGACGUGGACUCGGCCGCGCUGCUAUUGAGCAGGUUGAAGGGCCGCGGAGGAGUUGGGUGGCAAGAGCAAGGCCCUUCAGGCGGCCCCCCGCCUCCACCUGGCGCUGUUCGUGUGCUUCCCGUUGGCGGCGUGAUGUCACUUCCCUUUGCGGCCCCCGUGUCGAGCCCCCCGACCUCGCCCAUCAUGAGCCCCCCCUCCAGUCCCCUGCUCCAGCACCCCCCCAGCCCGUACGCCGCCGACAUCCCGCCGAGUCCGUACGCCAACAUCCCGCCCAGCCCGUACGCCAACUUCACAGCGUCUCCCUACGCCGACCCGCCGUCCCGCUCGUACCCUCCCACGUCCGAGCCGGACCCUCGGACGGCCGACGGUCAAAAUGACAGCAGCGGGAACACUUCACCGCCACAGGCUGCGUCUCAUGACGUGAAAAGGGACAGCGGUCCUCGGAGGAAAGCUCCUGGAAUUCCCAUCAAUCAUGACAAACCGGCCAAAACGUUUGCCCCCGUGGCCACGUCUCUUGCCCCCCCUGCUGGCGAAGUGGUGAAGUACUCUGCUCAGAUUUCUGAUCAGAUCGUGCCUAGUCAGGAUAUUCAAGAAAUUAUCAGGCGGUACAACUCGCCACCUCCCCCGAUGGAGCCAUCUGCCCCCGGAAAAAGGAGACCAGAGGGUACAUUUAAGAAGAAGCAAACGCCUCGCGAUGAAGCUUUGCAGAUCUUAAAACCACAGAUGGACAACCGUCCUGAUCCGCAGCUCAAGCGGUCUGUGGCCCCGCCCCCCUCUGCAUCUGCCGUUCCCAAGACCACUUCCCAGCCCACCGACAACACAAAGAGCAGAGCGCCUUGUCGUCCGGUGCCGGUCCCGCCGUCAGUUUCUCGAGAGCUUCCGGUGGAAUCGGAGAGCAUCCAGACCAAACUGCACCGGAACGCCAAUCGGGAACACUACACCUACACCAACGUUCCAUGGAAACUCUACCUGAGGAAAGAGGUCUUCUAUCCCAAGGACAGCUUCAACAAUCCGCUGGUGCUGGACCUCAUUUUCAAACAGAUCGUCAACGACACCCUGUCAGAGGCGUGCGUCCGCAUCCGCCGCGAUGAAAGGCAGCGGAUGAAAGCUCUCUUUGAUGAACACGGGGUGCAACCCAACACGGAUCCGGUGGAGGACCACGUGAAGAAACGCAUCGUCGCGGCCGCCACGGACACCUGGGAAAUCUACUUCUCCCGACUCUUCCCGGCAUCGGGAAGCGUGGGAACGGGCGUGCAGGUGCUGUCGGUGUGGCAAGGCGGCAUCAAGCUGCUGAAGACGGUGAAGAGCAGCGCCGCAGCUCCAGACUACUUCCGAGUUCUGCGAGCGUACACUUUUGCCGACAUCCUGUUUGUGAGCAUCCCCUCGGAGAACAUGCUGGAGUUCAACCUGAGCAAGGAGAAGCUGAUCAUGUUCUCGGCCAAGGCGCCGCAGGUGAAGCGGCUGGUGGACGACUUCAUCGGCCAGAUCAAGAAGGACUCCCGGUACGUCAUCGCCGAGCGCAACUUUGUGGCCGAGCGGCGACACCUGCUCAACUUGCACAAGGGCGACGUGGUCCGGCUGCAGGUUCUGGACGGCCUGGAAAAAGGUUACAGUUAUGGCUGUGUGGUGAGGAAGAAGGUGGUCUUCUUGGAGGAGCUCAAGAAGGACACGCAGGACUUUGGUUGGAAGUUUGGCGCCGUGUUUGGUCGUUCCGGCGCCUUUCCGUCCGAGUGCGUCCACCCCGUGGCGCCUCCCGACUUCCUGUCCCUUCCAUUGGACCGCAAGGCAGAACCCCGAGGCGGGGCGGAGCGGUUCGCCGGCUCGUCGGCCGUGGCCGUCGCCGUGGCGUCUGCCGCGGCCGCACACGAGAUAGAUCAGACCAUCGAGAGGCUUUCUCCGGAUGGCUUGGACGGAGACGUGGACGAGACGACGCUGCAGGACAGUCAAUACGACAUGCUGGAGUUUGCCAGGAAGUAUUUCAGACAGGCCGUCUCUGGGAGCGGGGACUCUUUGAAGAAUAGGAACAAGAGCCGAGUCUCUAGGGAGCCUGAGGAAAUGAUCAAGUUCUCCAAGAUUCCCCUGAGCGAGUCCCUCAUCGAGCUCACCGAUCCGGCCAUGAACCGAGUGGCGGCGGACCUUUUCCUCUCGGUGAUGCGCUUCAUGGGGGAUGCGCCGUUAAAGGGGCUGACGGAGCAGGAAGUGGUCAGCACCUUCCUUAAGUUGGUCGGAGAGUUCACCAUGAUGAGGGACGAGGCCUACUGUCAAGUGCUCAAACAAAUCACAGCCAACAGCAGCUCCAAAGCUGAGAGCUGCCAGCGAGGGUGGAGGUUGCUCUACAUCCUGACGGCGUUCACUCGCUGCUCGGCCGUGCUCAAGCCCUUCCUGCUCAAAUACCUGACGCAGGCCUCCCUGGGCGCCGGGGUGCAGUAUCAGGGGAUGGCCAAGGCGUGCCAACAGAACCUGGACAAAACGUUCCAAUACGGCGGCCGCUGCGUCCCACCCAACAACAUGGAGCUGAAAGCCAUGAUGGCUGGCAGAAGCUCCAAGCGUCAGCUGUUCCUCUUUCCGGGAGGCCUGGAACGCCACGUGAAGAUCAAAACGUGUUCCGUUUCCCUGGAGGUGAUGGAGGAGCUGUGCUACGAGAUGGGCCUGCUCAGGUUGGAGGCCAUCCAGGAGUACGCCAUCUUUUUGGUCACCGACGGAGGUCAGAACGUGCGUCCGCUCAGCAAACAUGAGUACAUCCUGGACGCGGCCACCCAAGCCGAGCUGGUGGACAACAACUACAGCUUCUGGUUCCGACGCGUGGUCUGGACGCAGCCGCUCAAAUUUGACAACGAGCUCUACGUCACCAUGCACUACAACCAGAUCCUUCCGGACUACCGCAAAGGUCUCCUGAAUGUUCUGCCGUCAGGAAAAGUUAGCGAUCAACAGUUCCAGCAGAUUUCCAAGCUCGCCGCCUUGCAGCACAGAGCCAAAGACAACGUCUUCAUCCCGAGCAUACACGAGCUGUCGGAGUACAUCGCGGCGCCGCUUUUCAAAAAGCAGCCACCGCAGCAGUGGGUUGCCAUGGCGACGCAGCACAUGCAGCAGGUCCAGACCCUCAGCCCGCACCAGGCCCGAGCACAGUUCAUGGGACUGGUGAGCGCGUUCCCCAUGUUUGGCUCGUCCUUCUUCUACAUCCACAGCAGCAGCUCUACCUCCUUCUACGCCCCCUGCAUCGUUGCUGUCAAUCAAAACGGUCUCCACUUCCUGCACAAAAGCACACAUGACGUGAUGGCAGUGGUCCCUCUGUCCGAGGUGCAAUCCAGCCGCACGCAGAGGCCCUCUGCCGGGGCCAGCUACCCGUACGUGGACCUGGUCCUGGGUGACACGGACACACAGCGGCUCAUCCAGCUGCAACUCGAGCAGGGGCUGGAGCUGUGUCGAGUGGUCGCCAUGCAGGUGGAGAAUAUGAUGUCAUCGCGCCAGAAGCAGCUCACGCUGCCGCCCAGCGAGAUCACUGUGUUAUAGUGCUCCACAGACCAGACCAUGCUAAAUUCUUGGUAUUUUUCUUCAUUGCACUUCAAGCUGCUAUGCAAAAAAAAAAAAAAAGCUUAGCUCCUUUAUGUGGCUAAUUAGCAAGCGUGCCUAAUGCUGCGACUGGCAAAUGUGUACAUGUAUUAAAUAUUGUAGCAUUACUAGAAAAUUGCUAACCAAAGAUCAAAGUGAGUCACUAUAUUUUCUACAUACUACAGUUUUACAUGAUAUACAUUUUGUAUGUUGUUUUUGUCAUUUUUUAGUAUGAGUAUAAAAUUUAUGUUAUUUUGUUGAAGAAAAUGAUAACGCAUGUUCAAUAUGUAAUGUUUUUGAA